GCGGCAGCAGAGAGAGUGUCACAGCUGCUGCUGGUUUCAACCUCCUUUCAUCAAUAAUCAAUCUUUGUAAUCUGAUGUGAUUACUAUCAAUAACCUGCAGAGCCACAGAGGACUCUCAGCUCAGGAGCUGGAAGGAUCCCAGCAGGCUUCUCCUGUCCCUCCUCUCUGGGAGUGUUCGUCUCCUCCUCGCUGGACAGUUCGGACCCUCUGACAUCUCUUUGUUGGACAGCAUCUGGCCCCUCAGGGAUGAACUUUCUGUGUUUCCUGAGCGUGCUCACUGUGUUCAUCCUUUCCCUGUGGGAACAGUCCGGUUGUGGGGCGAUGACACUGAACUCAGUCGCCCUCCCUCAGGUAUCAGGAGGAGCACUAGGAGGAGGAGCCAGUGUCUACUCCUCCCAAAGCAGGAGGAGGAGGAGCUGGGUGUGGAACCAGUUCUUCGUCCUGGAGGAGUACACGGGAGACGAGCCGCUCUAUGUCGGAAAGCUCCACUCUGACCUGGAUAAAGGUGAUGGACAGGUGAGGUACGUCCUGAGUGGCGAAGGCGCAAGGUCCAUCUUCUCCAUUGAUGAAGACACAGGAGACAUACACGCCACCAAAAGGUUGGAUCGCGAACAGCAGGCGUACUACACCAUGCGAGCUCAAGCUCGGGACCGAAAAACCAACCUGCCUCUGGAACCCGAGUCCCAGUUCAUCAUCAAGGUCCAGGACAUCAACGACAACGAGCCCAAGUUCCUGGAUGGACCGUACACCGCCCAGGUGGCUGAGAGGUCACCUAUAGGUACAUCUGUGGUCACUGUGGUGGCGACAGACGCUGAUGAUCCAACCUACGGAAACUCUGCCCGUCUGGUUUACAGCAUCCUGCAGGGGCAGCCAUAUUUCUCUGUGGAGCCAAAGACAGGUGUGGUGCGGACAGCUUUGCCUGACAUGGACCGGGAGCUGCGGGACCGUUACCUGCUGGUUAUCCAGGCCAAAGAUAUGAUUGGUCAGAUGGGAGGUCUGUCAGGAACUACGUCAGUCACUGUGAUGCUGACCGAUGUCAAUGACAAUCCACCUCGAUUCCCCCGCAAGAGCUACCAGUUCAGCAUCCCAGAAUCCGCACUGGUGUCAGCUGUGGUUGCUAAGAUCAAAGCUCUGGAUGUGGAUGUUGGUCCGAAUGCUGAAAUGGACUACAGGAUCCUGGAUGGAGAUGGACUGGGAACCUUCAGGAUCCUCACAGAUCCCCACACGCAGGAAGGACUGGUCACCCUGUUAAAGACUCUUGACUUUGAGACCAAGUCCAGCUACACUUUACGUAUCGAGGCGUCCAAUCGCUACGUGGACACUCGUUUCCUGUCGGUUGGGCCUUUCAGUGACUUGGCAACAGUUCGGCUGUUGGUGGAGAACGUGGAUGAGCCUCCGCGCUUCUCCUCCCCCUUCAGCCGGAUGUCGGUCUCAGAGGCAGCACCGGUGGGGACUGAGGUGGGAUUGGUUUCAGCUAACGACCCUGACUUCUCCAAGAGUCCCAUCAGGUACACCAUCGACAGGAAGUCAGACAUAGAGCAUUACUUCGACAUUGAUAGCCAAUCAGGUGUGAUCAGGACAAGCAGACGUCUGGACAGAGAGCUCAGCACUCUGCACAACAUCACCGUGCUUGCCACAGAAAGCUUGGAUCACUCUCAGGUGGGAAAAGCUCUGGUUCUGAUCUCUGUGAUGGACGUUAAUGACAACGCUCCGAGCUUUGCCAUCGAGUACCAAACAUUCGUCUGUGAGAACGCCCAGCCUGGACAGAUCAUUGAAACUCUGAGCGCUGUGGAUCCAGACGAACCCAAGAACGGACAUCACUUCCUUUUUUCUGUGCCUGCCAAGGCAGCUGGGAACCUCAGCUUCAUCCUGAGAGACAACAAUGAUAACACAGCGUCCGUCCUGACGCGGCGGGCUGGGUUCCUGCAGCGGGAACAGCUGUUUCACUUCUUGCCGGUGGUGAUCUCGGACAGCGACAGUCCAUCUCUCAGCAGCACCAACACGCUGACCAUUACCGUCUGCGACUGCGACCUCCAUGGAAACCAUCGCAGCUGUAGCCAGAGGGUGUCACCGCUGCUGCUAGACGGUCUCGCCCUCACCACUGCCAUCCUCCUCACCUGUCUCCUCACACUGCUGGGUGUUGUCAUGGUAACAGGUGCCAUCAGGCGCAGGAGGAGGGAGCCUCUGAUCACGGACGAUGAGCGAGACGUUCGUGAGAACAUUGUUUGUUAUGAUGAUGAGGGUGGUGGCGAGGCGGACACCGAGGCCUUUGACAUGUUCACGCUGAGACACCUGAACCAAGCCAAACGGAGCUGCCACGCCACCACCGCUGAGCCCCUGCCAGCCAUCAAAGAUAAAAACCAGCUGUUCCAGGAGUUCAUUCGGAACCGGCUCCUGGAGGCCAACCUGGACCUGACGGCGCCGCCCUUCGACUCUCUGCAGACGUAUGCUUUUGAGGGCAGCGGGUCGGCCGCUGAGUCAUUGAGCUCGUUUAGCUCAUUAAGCUCGGUAGAGUCAGAGCAAAGCUACCGCUUUCUGAGCGAAUGGGGGCCGAGGUUUCGCAAACUCGCAGAGCUCUACGGAGACCACGAGGGAGGCGUUGCCUCAUAGAGUGCAUGUGUUGCUGUUACAGGUGUGUAGACAUACAGGUAAAGGGGAGUGCGGUUCGUGGGAACCGCCUCUUUAACCUGUAUCAGCCCAGCUGAACUGAAUGAAAAUCAAGUCCUCAGAUCAGCACCUCUGAGCUCCCUGAACCAGAGUGGAAUCUGGAGAGCUGGUUCUGGACCUGGAACUCAACCUGGAGCAGGACCUGGACCUG